GGCAAGAAGGCACAAAACCCAUUUCUUGAUCCUUCAUCAUCCUCACCAACCAAACCUCAAGAAUCUCUCUCUCUCUCUGUGUCAAGAAUCCGCCAUGGGGGUGAGCAACAACGUGACCUCGGUCCUCAACUUCAUAGCCUUCCUCUGCUCCGUCCCCAUCAUCGCCGCCGGCAUCUGGCUGGCCUCCAAGGCCGACAACGAGUGCACCCACUACUUCCGGUGGCCGGUCGUCAUCCUCGGCACCCUCGUCCUCCUCGUCUCCCUCGCCGGCUUCGUCGGGGCCUACUGGAACAAGCAGGGGCUCCUGGCCUUCUACCUCUUCUGCAUGGCCGUGCUCAUCGGCCUCCUCCUCAUCGUCCUCGUCUUCGCCUACGUGGUCACGCGGGAGGACGGCGGCUACUCCGUGCCCGGGCGGGAUUACCGGGAGUACAGCCUCGGCGGGUACAGCGCGUGGCUGAGGGACCACGUCACCGACCCCGAGAACUGGGUCAAGAUCAGGGCUUGUCUCGCCGAGUCCGAUGUCUGCACCAGGUUGGCGCAGAACUACGUCAUUGCCGAGCAGUACUUUGCUGCUCGAAUCUCUCCUCUUCAGUCGGGAUGCUGCAAGCCUCCCACGGUCUGCGGGUACACCUAUGCGAACCCAACGCUGUGGCUGAACCCGACGAACCCGACGGCCGACCCGGAUUGCUACCUGUGGAGCAACGACCAGGCCCAGCUCUGCUACAACUGCAACUCCUGCAAGGCCGGCCUGCUGGGGAACCUGAGGCAUGAAUGGAGGAAGGCCAACGUGAUCCUGAUCGUGGCCCUGGUGAUCCUCAUCUGGGUCUACCUCAUCGCGUGCAGCGCCUUCAGGAACGCCCAGAUCGGAGACCACAAGUAGUAGUGACAAUGUAAAUGUCUUCCUGCUUAGAGAAAAGAAGAGACUUUCCGCCUCUAGCUUUUUCUUUGAAGGGGUUCCCUUUUCUUGGAAUUUUUCUUAGGUGGUGGUGGUUCUUUCGGGCGCUCCUGUCACCGUUGGCGUAUAUAUUCCUAAUUGUGCUUUUGUCAUUUUGGGAUCGGUGCGAUGUGGCUCUCCUUAGCUUUAGGAAGGAUGCCUUAUCUUUCUCGUUUGACCAAUGGGGCUUCUUUUGCAGAGAGAGAGAGAGAGAGAGAGAGAGAUAGAGAGUUGAAUUGGACGGAGGGGGACAUGUUAUGGUCAGGAUAAGCAUUUAUGGUCACCCCCUGUCACCAGCUCGAUUGCUUAUGCAUAGGUUCUAGCGUUAUGGUACAUAAUAAUAUUGUCACCUUAUGCAGUUCUUUCUAUUC